AUGCCAGCACCGGCUGUGCUGGAGGGCGAAUCCUCGCUUCUCCUAUCAAUGUGUGUGGUGGUGAAGGAGAUCUCGGAGGAGCUGAAUCACCCCUCGUUUGCAACUCCCUCCUCCUCCUCCCUCCUUCCCUUGCAUUCCGCACAGGAAGCAGACUCCACUGCGCCAGCAGCUACAGCCCACCCCCUCCCCGCCCCUUUCAAAAGUGUAACUCAGAACGAGGAUGCUCCAACCAAACCCCCUCCGAUGGAGGUGGCAGAAGAAGAAGGAGAAGAAAAAGAACCUUUACCACCGUACCCCAUCCCCCCCUUCCCCGAAACGAGACAGACCCUGUCAACCUGGUUAAAAACCCUCACAAUCCACUUCCCCCCGGCAGAAGGCUUCACAAUCCACCCCUCCCUGCACGUCUGCCGCUCCACGCACACCAUGUACGACCUUGUGGUGGUGAGGCACGCCGCGCGGCCCGGCCGGCUGUUCACGACGGUGAUGGGGUACGACCGCCCGCCGGAGCCGGAUGCGUGGGCGUGUCGUGUGAGGGUCUUGCGGGCGCAGUGGCGGCGGGGGAAUGGGGUUGGGGAGGCGGUUUGUGGGGCGGUUUGGGUUGGGGGGUUGGUGAGAUUUUUCUCUGGGUGA